ACGGCGGGAGGGACUCCGUUCAGACACCACUGAUAUCCAGAACGAAGUCUGCGUGUGGAGCAGCAUCCAGAAUCACACACGCCCUCUCUCAGGUUCCCUCUGAUUUGUGGGCUACCUCUCCCCAUGAUGUGGGCCUGGUUAAGAACUGCCCCCCAGUAGUCAUCACUCCGAAAUCUGACUACCGCCCCUGCCAGAAGCAAUAUCCUCUCAAACCUGAAGCUUUGGAGGGUAUUACACCUGUCUUUAAUUCACAUCUUAGGAGUGGUAUUGUUGUUUCUUGUCCAAAUUCACCUGUUCGCACUCCUAUUUUCCCAAUCAUGAAACCACGUAAACCACCAGCCAAACCUGACUGGCGUUUUGUCCAAGAUCUCCAAGCUGUCAAUAAAGCAGUUAUUUCACGGGCCCCUAUGAUGCCCAACCCCCACACCAUCGUGUCGCAGAUUCCUCCUACUGCUACACAUUUCUCCGUGGUAGAUCUGGCAAAUGCUUUUACGUCUGUUCCUGUUCAUCCAGACAGCCAAUUCUGGUUCGCUUUUGAGUUCAAUGGGAAACCAUACACUUGGACCCGGCUUCCCCAGGGGUACUGUGAGUCCCCCACAAUCUACAAUGAGGUACUAAGAGAUUCUCUUUCUUCUUUGCAGCUUCCACAGGGCGUAGUUUUAUUAACUUACGUUGAUGACCUUCUGCUCUGCUGUCCUUCUGCCUCCUUGUGUGAGGAGGCCACACUGGCCCUCCUCCUCCAUCUUCAUUCUGAGGGUCAUAAAGCCAGUCUGCGUAAACUACAGUUCUGCCAGCCUCAAGUCAUCUUUCUAGGGCAUCACAUUUCUGCCACCACCAAGGCCCUGACCUCUAAACGGAUCGAGGCCAUUCAGAAAGCACCAAAACCUGUUACCAAGAAACAGCUGAUGUCAUUUCUAGGUAUGGUAGGGUUUUGUCGGGCCUUUAUUCCACAUUUUUCUGAACUUGAGGCCCCCCUGACUUCCUGUAUACAUGGUAAGAAUCUAUCUGCUCAUGACCAUUUCUUCUGGACCCCGGAGGCUGAGCAGGCUUUCCUGUCUGUGAAACAAGCGCUGUGUUCUGCUCCAGCCCUGGCUCUGCCAGACCCAGCCAAACCUUUCUUUCAGUUUGUUGAUGAAAAACAUGGGUUCAUGUCUUCUGUUCUCCUUCAACAGCACGGCUCUCACAAGCGCCCAGUGGCCUAUUACUCUUCCAAGCUCGACUCUGUUGCUGCGGGUCUUCCUGGCUGUCUGAGAGCUGUGGCUGCAUGUGAGAAGGCUGUACUUGCAUCACGUGACAUUGUGGGAUACAGUGAGCUAACUGUUUUUGUUCCUCAUUCUGUAUCCAUUAUUUUGCUCGAACAAAAGACUUCUCAUCUGUCUGCAGCUAGAUGGCUGAGAUACACCACAGUUCUUCUCGAUAUGCCUAACAUCACUACGAAACGGUGUACAUCACUUAACCCUGCCACUCUUCUUCCUACCGCAGAAGAUGGUGUUCAUCACUGUUGUGAGACUGUUCUGUCUGAAAUCUGCACUCCGAGACCAGAUUUAUCUGAUGAGCCUCUUCUUAACUCUGAUCUCAUUCUUUUUUGUGAUGGCUCCUCCUUCAGAGACCAUUCUGGUAAGAACAGAGUGGGUUUUGCUGUCUGUGAUGAGCAUCAGGUUCUCUUCUCUGGCUCCCUCCCUUCACAAUUCUCUGCUCAGACAGCUGAACUUGUUGCUCUCACUGAGGCCUGUAAAUUCGCACAAGGUAAGUCCCUGACUGUGUAUACCGAUUCGCGUUACGCCUUUGGUGUAGUUCAUGACUUUGGUGCGUUGUGGCGUCACCGUAAUUUUUUGAAAUCUGAUGAUAAGCCUAUUUUGAACUCCACACAGGUUGCGGCUCUCCUUGACGCUAUUCUUCUUCCUUCAGAUGUCGCUGUAGUGAAAUGUCAAGCUCACAGUAAAGACACUUCCUCUGUUGCCCGUGGCAACGCCUUGGCCGACCAGGCUGCUAAGCAGGCAGCUCUGUCAGCCUCGCCGCACAUUCUCACCUCUUCUCCUCUCACAGAAGAGGAUCACUCUCCUCCCUGUUCUCUGCAGGACAUCCAGUCUUUUUCUACUCCAGAGGAACGCUCUGUCUGGAAGGCUAACUCCUGCACCCCUGAUUCUGCAGGCUAUAACACCGCCCGCCCUCUUGCCUGCCCUCCAGCUGGUCAUACACCACCUAAUCAGCCUUUUGAUCAUUUGAUGAUGGAUUUCAUUGAGUUAACACCUGCAGAAGGUAAGAAAUAUUGUCUAGUUAUGGUAGACAUGUGGUCAAAGUGGGUUGAAGCUUUUCCAGCAAAGCAUGCCACAAGUUCAGUCGUGGCUAAGGCUCUGGUGACCGAAAUCAUUCCAAGAUGGGGGAUUCCAGUUAAGGUCUCAUCUGACAAUGGUUCACACUUUGUAAAUGCGGCCCUGAAAGAGGUAAGUGGACUAUUGGGGUUCCAGCUUAAGACUCAUUGUGCUUAUCACCCGCAAUCAGGCGGAGCAAUUGAAAGAGAGAACGCCACUUUAAAAGGUAAGUUGGCUAAAUGUUGUGAAGAAACAGGACUGUCUUGGCCAAAAGCCCUCCCACUCAUUCUUAUGCACAUGAGAAUGAGGAAACGUGCCCGGACAAAUCUUAGUCCAUUUGAGAUUCUGUUUGGCAGACCUCCCUACACUGGUCUGGAUCCUCCAGGACUCUCCGUGUCUACCACAUACUGUGAAAGUAACAUGCUUGCUUAUUGUCAAAAUCUGUCCAAAGUUCUCUCACAGGUGCAGAGUGUGGUGAAAGAGGCCCUGCCACGCCCAGCAUCAGAUCUGCUUCACUCCUUGGUUCCGGGAGAUUGGAUCUUGGUUCGAGAGACGAGGAGAAAGCACUGGCGGUCUAAAAGGUGGCUGGGUCCCUUCCAGGUCCUGUUGGUCACUCAUACAGCCGUGAAGGUCGCUGAAAGGUCCACGUGGAUUCACGCGUCCCACUGUAGAAGGUUUCAAAGUACCCCAACUCCAGCUGACCUCUCAACCACAGGGCAGAAUAAUCCCUGAG